GUCAAACUAAAAAAAUUGAAGAGAAAGGAUUUGGAAUAAGAAAGUGGCUAUAAAUAAUGCGGAGUAGUGGGGUAUAAAAAUGAGACGCCCCGUACACACAACCCAACGAACUCAGAUACUACACUCCGUACUAUGGCAUUCUUAUUUCUCCCUUUCAUACCAUCGGCAGUAGGAGGACUAGCGGCGGCGGGCCUUGGGUUAGCGGCGGCUGGAGCGGGAGCUGGAGCAAUAGGAUCACUAGCAGGGCGGCAGAGGACGACCGUGUUUGACCGGCCGUUUCCUCGUCAUCUGCCUAGCUUUCCAGACCUCCUACCUCGGAUUCCUCUUCCAGAAAUGAAGAGGGAACCCGUCGCCGUUGUUGCUAGUGUUCCGGUCAAACCUAAUAAGCCCCGGAGCAACAACAGCAACAGCAGUGAUAGUGAAAGUGAGAGUGAUAGCGAGAGCCUCAGCUUACCUAGCCUCCCUAGCAGUGCCAGUAGUAGUGACGACGACGACAGUGAUAACGACACCACAGAGGAGAAGAAGAAGAAGAAAGAGAAGAAGAGAAUGAAAAAAGCUUUGAAAAAGAUGAAGAUGCUCAAUGAAAUAGGAGAGAAAAUGAUGAGCAUGAAGAUGAUGAGGAAGCAAAACGGGGGAACCAAAAGCCUAACAGUGCUCGCUCCGCCGCCUGAGCCAUCGCUCUACGGCACCAAUCAACGCGCCGUCUUGACCUCCUCUAGACUUCGCGGCGGCGUCCGUGAUCGUCAAGCGGCGGCGGCUCUUUACUUUAGCAGGAAUUGAAAAAGAUUGCCUCUGGAAACGGAAAUAAAAUUUCAACUCGGAUAUUAAAUAAAUAAAUAUACACACACACCGAGUAUGUAAGAUGUGUAAUAAACUUGAAUAAAGAUAUGAACUCCCU